AUGACACAAAUUUGGCAGUGGCACAUGUAUGAUCCUGAGAAAAUCGCAGAAAGACAGUGGCCUGAUGUUGCAUUCUGCGACAUCAAGUCUGUAAUUUCUACUCCUACUAAGUCCCCUGCCAGUGUGGACCAGACAGAAAAGCAUGAAUCAACAGGGAGCUAUUUAUCUGUGGACACUGCUGAUGGAGAGGAAGAGAUGCUCAAUGAAGAAUAUACUUGGCUGGAUGAGGCAGUCACAUCUGUGCCAGCUCAAGAUUCAGCCUUUGAGGUCAAGGCUGAAGUGGAUAUCCAUGCACCAAUUGUGACAAGGAUCUUGUCAGAUAAACAUGAGAGUGUAGCUGACCAGGCUCUAGCAAAUGACAGCCACAGCAGUGAUGGACCUAGUGACCUGGAGGAUGCAGAUGCCAAGUGGACCAACUGGUAG